UCAGUGGAAGGGCAGGACGUACACGCUCCCACGGAUCCAGGAUGACGCGGCAACGGAAAGGUGGUCAGUUCGGGGCGCUGUUGCUCCUGGCGGCGGUGACCCUCCACGGCGCAUCCUCCCUGCCCACCGCCUCCCUCGCCGACGUCCUCGCGCGGGCACGCCACCAGGAGGCGCCUUCCUCCCGCCGCCUGCAGGUUCUCGACUCCGAAACUUCAGGGAAAAACUUCACCGUAGUGGAACCGAGAGAAGAGGGAGAGGAGACGACGAAGGAGGAGGAGGAGGGCAAGGAGGACCACAUGGACGGCCUCCUGGAGUACCUAGAGCUCGAGACCUUGGACGCUGAAGACCCGAGGAUGGGCUCUCCCGAUGGACUGACGCUUCUUAGUCACUCGGGCAACGCGCUCACCUUCACGAGGGAGACGGGCGGUCGCGUGAGCCUCAACGGAGCGCCGGUAGAGGGCGUGCAUACCCUCCCAGACGGGACCGAAGUCUAUACCUUGGAGCGCUUUCUCGAAGACCACAAAGGGCGUCUCGAUGAGGCCUUCAGGUUCUUGAGCCAACAAGCCAAUCGACUCCAGCCUCAAGGAAGGAAUCUUGCGGCUGAGCAUCCCGCCAAAAUCCAAGAACAGAAAACGGAAUCCGCGGAAACAGCGUCUCAAGUGCCUCGCCCUCUGCCGGAAGCUGACGUCCCUAAGUCCCGCGUGGUGGUCAGCGAAGUCACGGAAAUAUCGUCGGAGAUCUCAGCCCCGGUGACUUCCAUUACGCUUACGAAAUUCUCAAUGUCCUCUCUCUCGGAUAAGCCAGUUCCCGCCUCGAAGACCAGCUCGGCGUUCGAAAAGACGGCGUCACCCAAAGGCACCAACGAAGUGGAGUCGAAGUCGGUAACAGAGACGUUCUCUGGUCCCCUGGUAGAAGAGGAACCGGCGCCACAGACGGAAAUUCCUGUGAGAACCUCGACAGUCGAAGUAGAUCCUGUCACAGAUUUUGUCUAUGAGCCAUCGCCAGAAGAGCCCAUACCUGUGACGGAUUCGGUGUUCGUAAGCCAAGUGGAAUUCGAAGGAAUCACAGAAGUGGCUGAGCCUGCAUUGGUUGAUAUAGUUCCAGCAACAGAGGCCGCGUGGGACCCAUCCAUAGAGGAAGCCAGUGCCGUAACGUCUAUUUCAAUGAAGUCUUCGUCCACGGAUCUUGAACAAAAAUCAAAAACCCACAAUGAGUCACCAGUGGUUAUUCCAGCAACAGGGCCAACAGUGGAAAUAGCUCCUGAGGACAUGAAUCCACAAACAGAAACCCUUUUCGAAACUGCGUCUCUUGAUCCUGUAAAUGAAGAAGAGGAACAGAAAGGUCUCUCAGCACAUGUUCUCAUCCCCAUUACAGAGACUCCGUUCGAGGUUUCGUCAGUGGAACCGGAACCAGUUACCGAGACCCUGUUCAAAUCUCUGCAAAAGCCUCCUCCAACAACGGAAUCUAUGGACGAACUGUCUCAGGACUUCACGCUGGAGAAUGAAACUGACUCUGAAAAUCCAAGGGCCCCUGUUGCUGUACCAGAGACAGAAAUCCCCACAACACCUCUGCUUGAUACAGAGUUGUCAUUCGAUAGUCACGAAAAUAUCAUCCCAAGGACAGAAAUUCCACUUAGGAGUUUGGCAGAAUCUCUUCCAAAGACUAAGAUUAUGGCCGAGGCACCUUUAGAAACCCAUCCAGAAGAAAUCCCUCAAGUUGAAGUCGUUACGAAUCUCUCACCUUUGCAUUCCAUAGAUACUGACAACGCUCAUGCAGGUGUUAUGGUUGAGACAGAAACACGACUCACAAAUGCUAAUGAUACAGAGACACCAGAAGCACUCAGUCACUCUCUGGACAUUGCAGGAAAAGAACAUAUCCUGCCCCAGGACACAUUAGUCGAAAGUGUUUACUCAGAGGAUCUCCUGGUAGAGAGGCAACAAAAUGUUAUCCCACAAAUACCGGUGGCCACGGAAGAAGUCGACAUCGCUUUGCUAGACAUAUGGAAGGAAGCUCUCAGCCACAGUGAAACUAACUCUUCAGGAGCAGAAAUAGGUGUUCCUGGGACUAUUCUGUCUCCUGAUUACUUCACAAUGGUGAACUUAGUGCCCCAAGAUGCCCCACAUCCGCUGUAUGGAGACACACCCGAAGCCGCAGCUCUUCGUAAGGAAUUCCUCCUAGACUACCUGGUCUUGGAGCCUUUCGACUUCCAGGACCCUAGAAUGAUUCAGCCUGAAGGACUUGCUAUUUCCAAUCUCGGAGGGAAGGAACUCAUAUUCUCUGUGGAUUCUAAUGACAACCUGACCGUCAAUGGGGUACCGGUAGAAGGCCUCGACGUCUUAUCCGAUGGGACAGUGGUCCUCACCCUGUCAGAUUUCCUUUUCGAUCACCGCCACGUGGUUGAUGAGAUCCUUCACGCUCUUCCAAGAACGAACGAAGGGUUAUUCGUCCAGAAACAUGGGCUGGUGUCUGUUCCUGAAGUGACAAGUACGAGUGAAACCUCAGAAGCCACGAAGAUCGAAGAAGAAAACACAGAUCCAGUAACGGAUACACCAAGUACGACAAGUUUACCACUUCCUGUCGCAAAAGCCGUGGUUUCUAAGGACUCCUCUUUUAACGAAGUAACGAAUCCUGCAGAGCCAGUCCCGAGCAAAGAACCAGGUCUCCCAACAGACAAGGCAUCGGAAGUAGAUGAAAUUUCCAUAGGAACCGAAAGGCCUGAUCCUACUGAAGAUGUCGUUAACGCCACAGAAAUCCCACAGUACCAGCCAGAAGAGCAGGACACAACAGGACAGGCUUUUGAAUCUGAAGAACCCACGGGUCUUACAGAGCCUCUCCUGACAGUCCCCAGAAUUCCCCAGCUCGUUGAAGAAGGAGAGUCCUCUUCACUGCUGAACUUAUGGCGUCACGCACUGAGACACCAGGACGCUGCCGCUACACUCAGAGAUAGUAGAGAGCCGAAGACCCUCAUUUCACCGGACUACUUUAUCGUCAUGAAUCUGGUUCCCCAAGACGCCCCUCACCCUCUCUACGACGACGCCCCUGAGAACGUGGCCCUACGGACGGAAUUCCUACUCGACUACUUGGUCCAGGAGCCGAUCAAUGUCCAGGAUCCUGAAAUAUCCUCGCCUGAAGGAAUCAGUGUGGUCAACCUUGCCGGGAAGAAAUUAACCUUCGCUGCCGAUGCACAAGGCAAGAUCAGCAUCAACGGCGUCCCGGUGGAGAUGGUGGAGAUCCUCGAAGACGGGACGCAGGUGUACACGGUGGAGGAUCUGCUCUUUACCCACAAAGCUCGAGUGGAUGAGGCCUUCUUCCACCUCGUCAGCCAGCCUGCCGAGUUUGGUCCCCUCGGCGAGCCCUUGGAUAUCCCUGAGCCUCCUACCCCUACAAAGGACUUCUUCGACACGCCCCUGCCAAGGAUCCCUCACCAGGUGGAUGCCGAGGACUCUUCUUCACUCCUCAGUCUCUGGCGCCAUGCCCUCAGGGAGCAGGAACCCUCUCUGGCGUUUAGGGAGGACACAGUCCCCAAGACUAUCCUGUCCCCCGACUUCCUUGAAAUGGGCAACCUCGUCCCCCAAGACGCCCCUCACCCCCUCUACGACGACUCCCCCAAGAACGUGGCCCUCCGGAAUGAGUUCCUCUUGGACUACCUCGUGCGGGAGCCUAUAAACGUGCAGGAUCCUAACAUUAGUUCCCCGGGAGGCAUCAGCGUCACGAAUCUCGCCGGGCACCAGCUCUCCUUCGCGGCGGACUCGGAAGGUAAACUGACCAUCAACGACGUGCCUGUGAAGAUGAUCGAGAUUUUAUCCGACGGGACGCAGGUGUACACCCUGGCGGACUUCCUGUUCGAGCACCGGGCGCGCGUGGACGAUGCCUUCCUGCACCUGAUCAGCCAGCCCGCGGAGUUCGGGCCGCUCGGGGAGCCUCUGGACAUCCCGACGCCAGCCGCGCCUUCUGCCGAAGUCCUCGCCGGAGACUCCCCUCUGACGGUGCCCAAGAUCCCCAAGUUCGUGCAGGAGAGAGAGUCCUCCUCGCUCCUCGAGGUGUGGCGCCACGCGAUCAAGCACCAGGACCCGGAGGCGACACUGAAGGAGGAUAGAGUCCCGAAGACCGUCCUUUCCCCCGACUUCCUCGAAAUGGCGCACCUCGUCCCUCAAGAGGCCGCCCUUCACCCUCUCUACGACGACGCCCCCGAAGCAGCCGCCCUUCGCGCCGAGUUGCUCCUCGACUACCUCGUCCUUGAGCCCAUCGACAUCCACGACCCGAGGAUGGCGUUUCCCGAGUUCCUCAACGUCACCAAUUUUGGCGGGAAAGAGCUCGCGUUUACGAGGCACAGGGACCGGCGAGUGAGCGUGAACGGCAUCCCAGUAGAGGCCGUGGAGGUCCUUGAAGACGGGACGCUGGUCUAUACGCUCGCCACCUUCCUCUUCGAUCACCGCCAGAGGGUGCAGGAGGCGCUGCAGGAGGAGGAGGCGGUGAAGGGGGCUGGUCAUGAGGGAGAGCUGGCCCUCCAGGACUCUCCUCGCGUGAUCUCGGAGUCAAGUGAACCGCUCCAGAAAGAAAUGGCCCAGGAGUCGACUCAGAAACAGGAGGUGAGUCAGGCGCAACAGGAAGAAGGUCAGACACAACAGGAGAUGAGUCAGUCUCAACAGAAAUCGAGUCGGCAAGAAGGGGAGGCGACUCACCCUCAACAGGAAUCGACUCAACGGACACAACAGAAGUCGACUCAGCCGCAACAGGAGGCGACGACGACUACGACCGAGGCACUGACUGAGACGACUGAGCUGCAAGAAGAGCCGAUUCAGACAAGGGCUGAAACACCUCAACCACACGAGGAGGAAGCGAACGAGUCAUAUGCCGAGGCGAAGCAACAACCUUCAAACCCAGAGGAAGAACCAACUCAAGGGCCAACUCAAGAACCAAGCCAAGAACCAACUCAAGAACCAUCUCAGGAACCGGCUCAAGCACCAACUCAAGGACCACUCGAAGAAGAAGCAUCUCACCAGCCUCCCCAGGUGUUGUCCCCACGAGCUCAAGAAGUCCUCCUGACGGUGCCAAGGAUCCCGCAGGAGGUGGACGAAGGAGAGUACUCGUCCCUCCUUAACCUGUGGCGUUUGGCGUUGAGUGAGCAGGGCGAGGAGGCGGCGCUCAGGGAUGGCAGAGAACCUCAAACCAUCUUGUCCCCCGAUUUCGUGGUGAUGGUCAACCUCGUGCCCCAAGACGCCCCUCACCCCCUCUACGACAGCGCCCCCGAGAACGUCGCCCUCCGCCUCGAGCUCCUCCUUGACUACCUCAUCCUCGAACGUGUCAGCGCGCAGGACCCGAGGAUGACACAGCCGGAAGGGCUCACGGUCACCAACCUCGCCGGGAAGGAGGUCACUUUCAGGGUCAAUUCGGAAGGAAACAUGACGGUGAACGGCGUAGAGGUGGAGGCGGCGGAGGAGCUUCAGGAGGGCGCUGCCGUGUUCACGCUGGCCGACGUCCUCUUCAGGCACAGGGAGCUGGUGGAGGAGGCCUUUGUCGAGCUCCUUCGGGAAUUUCCGGGAGAAGCUCUCUUAGAAUAUGGCUUUGACGCGCUGAUUGGUCCGGAGUCGCCCUUGCCUGAGGGAGAGGCCGGGACCGUCCCCAGGAUCCCUCCGGCCGUGGACGAAGGGGAGGCCUCGUCGCUCCUCAACCUGUGGCGUCAUGCACUGAGGCAGCAGGAUCUGGGGGCCACGUUGAGGGAUGACAGAGUCCCGAAGACGCUCCUGUCGCCCGACUUCCUGGAGGUGGUCAAUCUGGUCCCUCAAGACGCCCCUCACCCGCUCUACGACGACGCCCCUAAGAACUCCGCCCUCCGCUCCGAGUUCCUCCUCGACUACCUGGUCCUCGAGCCGGUGAGCGUGCAGGACCCGAGGAUAGCCUCGCCUCAGGGACUCACCGUGGUUAACCUCGGAGGGAAGCGACUCACCUUCAAGGCCGACGUCGAAGGACACUUCACGAUCAACGGCGUGCCAGUGGAGGGCGUGGAGGCGCUGGAGGACGGGACCUUCGUGUACACUCUGGCGGACUUCCUGUUCGAGCACCGGGCGCGCGUGGACGAUGCCUUCCUGCACCUGAUCAGCCAGCCCGCGGAGUUCGGGCCGCUCGGGGAGCCUCUGGCGGAGAUUCCUACGCCGGUCGAAGGCGACGCGACGGCGGAGGAACCUUUUCCUACGACGGUGCCAAGGAUCCCCAGUCUAGUGGAUGAACAGGAAGCCUCGUCCCUCCUGAACCUCUGGCGCCGUGCCCUUAGGACGCAGGAGCUUUCGGCCACGCUCAGGGACGAUAGAGUCCCGAAGACGCUCCUGUCUCCCGACUUCCUGGAGGUGGUCAACCUGGUCCCUCAAGACGCCCCUCACCCGCUCUACGACGAAGCCCCCGAGAAUGUGGCUCUGCUGAAGGAGAUCCUGCUGGACUAUAUGGUUCUUGAUCCUCUCAGCAUUCAGUCGACUCACUCAGGGGGUCUCAGGGUUACCAAUCUCGCUGGAAAGGAACUUGUCUUCGCCGUUGACAACCAGGAUAACCUCAUAGUCAACGGCGUAAAGGUAGAAGCGAUGGAAAUUCUCUCGGAUGGAACUCAAGUCUUCACCCUGACUGAUUUCCUCUUCGACCACCGCGACCGCGUGAACGAAGCCUUCCGCAGACUGAACGAACAGCCCUCUUUGUUCACACCGUUGGGCGAACCUUUGGAUCUCCAAGCCGAAGCUCACCCAUCUCUCAAGACAAGUGAACAAAUGGAUGACUUUGUUCCAGAAGCAGUUGCCAUUGUGCCAGAAUCAGUUCAGGAACAAAACGGGUUCGAUCAGACACCGUCAGAGAGCGUCGCAAAGGCGGACCAAACGUUAACGGAUUCGCUUCAGACAGAAACGCAGACGUACCCGGAAACAGCGGAGGUUUUGCGAGAGUCCGAGCAAGCGCUGGUCGAAGACGGUCAUGACUUGUCCGGAUCCGUGAAAGCACAGCAAGAAGCAACUGAAGCAGAGGUGGUAGCAGUUUCGGAUUCGGACUUGGAACUGCUGGAAUCGAUUCAAGCAGGAGCGGCAUCGGAUCGAGCGGAGUCAGAAGAUGUUCAAAUAGUUCCUGGAGUUUAUAGUAUCCAGUCUGAUCCUGUUCAGGUCGUGUUGGAAACGGAGGACGGACUGGUGGAUCCUAUUGAAACUGCUCCGGAAGAUCACAUUCCUUCCGAGUCGGUUCAGGUCCAAAUCGUGUCAAAAACAGAUGACACACCACUAGCACCUCUCCAAGCAGAGCAGGAAGUAGAGCAAACCCUGCCGGAGCCCGCACAGGAGCAGGCGGCGUCGGAAACAGUUAAAGAACCUUCAGAGUCAGUUCAGGACCUCUCAGAGCUGACCCAGGCGGUAUCAGAAACAGACGAAGCCACGCUAAAAGCUCUACAAAUAGAGCUAGAAACAGAACAGCCACAAGGACUGUCAGCCGCAGAGUCAACCCAGAGUCUCCCCGAAAUCCCCAAGAUCGUGGACGAAGGGGAAGCCUCGUCUCUCCUCGACAUCUGGCGCUAUGCACUCGAGGCUCAGGACCCGUCGGCUACGCUCAGGGAUGGCAGAGAACCAAAGACGCUACUGUCUCCCGACUUCCUGGAGGUGGUGAACUUAGUGCCCCAGGACGCCCCACACCCGCUCUACGACGACGCCCCUGAGAAUGUAGCCCUUCGCACGGAGUUCCUGCUCGAUUACAUGGCCCUGGACCCCAUUGAUGUCCAGGACCCGCAGAUAGCUUCAGCCGAGGGACUCCAAGUGACCAACCUGGCUGGGAAAACGCUCUCCUUCGCCGUGGACUUGGAAGGCAAUCUGCGCAUUAAUAACGUCCCCGUGGAAAUGAUCGAGAUUUUAUCCGACGGGACGCAGGUGUACACCCUGGCGGACUUCCUGUUCGAGCACCGGGCGCGCGUGGACGACGCCUUCCUGCACCUGAUCAGCCAGCCCGCGGAGUUUGGGCCGCUCGGGGAGCCUCUGGCGGCAGAGGCCCCGAGCCCCCAGCCUGACACCCUGGCCGAGGUCUGAGCUGACAGAUGCUGACGCCACGCUGCCGCCAUGACAACCGCUGUCAGAAACACUUUGCUUGAUUCUAGUCACAUUGUACAUGUUUUUUUUUUUUCUUGCAUUAAGAGUGAACAUGCAUUUUCCCGAUUUUUUUUUUUUUCCUUCGUUCGAAACAAUUGCUUUUUCUUUUUUUCUUUUUGUUUUUCUGUUUUUCGUUUGUU